AUGAAACACUUUGGCAUGUUUAUGUCAAAAGGCAGCACCAAUCUUUUCACUAUGGCACAGGGAAAAGAUGAGUCUCUUCGCAAGUUCGUCGAGAGAUUCAAAACAGCAGCAGCUGAGCACUCAGACAUCCCUGACGCGAUAGGAAUCAAAGCUUUCGAAAACGGGCUUUGGUUCGAAUCAAAGUUGAAAGAGAGUCUGAUGCUCGACGAACCCGCAACCCUCCAGGACGCUUUGCACAGUCCCAAAAAUACGUCUGCGUUGAAGAAAGCAAGGCGCACCACUCAAAGAUUCAUGGAAUGA